AUGGACCACUCGCUCGCCUACACCCCUGAGCGCGGGGAGGAGCUCAAGAGCAACCUCGACGAGGUGCUGAAGGAGAUUGACGAGGCGAAGCCCUCUGGCUCGAACGUGAGUUGCAUACGCUCCCAGCUGAGUCGACCCCGAGAAUUAGCUGACAGUCAGCCCCGCCUCGUUGCUAUCAGCAAGAUCAAGCCUCCCUCAGACAUUCAGGCGCUGUACGACGCGGGCCACCGCCACUUCGGGGAGAAUUACAUCCAAGAGCUGGCCGAGAAGGCGCCCCUGCUGCCCAAGGACAUUUGCUGGCACUUUGUCGGUUCCUUGCAGUCGAACAAGUCCAAGAUGCUCGCGGCCAUUCCGAACCUGUUCGUGCUCGAGACUCUGAGCUCCGAGAAGCUCGCAGGUACGCUGCAGAAGGCCCUCCACGCCCUGCCGGAGGAGAGGACGAUGCGGGUGUACCUCCAGGUCAACACGAGUGGGGAGGACAACAAGUCGGGUCUCCCGCCGCUGAAGGGGACGGACCAGGGGCAGGAACUCGCCAAGCUCGCCCUGCACGUUGUCAAUGACUGUGAUCGCCUCGAGCUCGCUGGCGUCAUGACUAUUGGCAGCUUUGAGCACUCGCAUGCCGCGGGCGAGAACCCCGACUUCCUCACGCUCAAGGAGACGAAGAAGUAUCUCGAGGAGAUUCUGAAGGAGGCCGGAAAGGAACGAGACCUCGAGAUCUCAAUGGGCAUGAGCGCCGACUUUGUCGAGGCGGUCAAGGAGGGCAGCAGCAGUGUACGUGUUGGAACGAGGAUCUUUGGCGCUCGCCCGAAGAAGAAGUAG